AUGAUAUAUAAAUUGAGCUUCCAAUGGUCAGAAAAAGGAGAUUAGCCAACAUUUUAUCGAACCCAAAUGAUUACUGCUGUAAGCUAUUAACAUCAACAGAUUUUAGAGAGAACAAGACCAGGAAAAAAGGGUACUUUAGCUGGUACAAUCUUAAAGAAAUAUAAGGAUAUUCGGCUAUCUAAUGCUAAUAAUGAUAAACUAUUGCAAGGUUCUUUUUAAACAUAAGAAGUCAUUAGUUCGAGAAAAAGUAUUAACAUGAUGUAGAGUUAAAAGAAGGUAAUUGAAAGAUAGUACUCUAAUGGAAGCUCUUCUCCUAAACUUCCAACAACAAUCAGUCCAAAUACUCCAACAACCACAAAAAAAUGUAUUGCAAUUUAUAAAUUAGAAAAUAAAUAUAUCAUUCGUUCUAAACUGGGUUAGUCAGUUGAUCUAGAAAAAAUGAAGCAUCCUCGCCAAUUGUAGCCUUUGUUUGAUAAUUCUAGUUGCUCCCCUAGAGCAACAAGAUAAGUAACUGAUAAAACAUAAAAUCAAAAAACAGUUUCAUCCAAUUCUACAAACUCAUUAUAUAUUAUGAAUAAAGUAUAUGGAAAUACUAGCAAUAAAAACCUGCCUAAAUCAAUAUUCAAAGUUAAAUGA